UCACAGUCUCUGAGAGAGACCCAGACCUAACCAGCACCAAACCCUAAAUAUAAUACUCACGAGCAGGAAAAUGUCGGCGAAAACCCUUAGCCCGCAAUCCCCCGCUCUCUCUCCCUCCAUAAUCCCCCAUGGCCUCUUCCCUCUCUUUUACCCUCUCUUUCCCCAACCGAACCCUAGCUGGUCCUCGAUCUCCAAAAUGCGAUCUUGCUCCGGGGUUUGGACAUGGGGGAUUGGCGAUUAGGAGUGAUCGGAGGAGUCUUGUGAGAGGAGCGGCGGCGGCGGGGGUUGGCGGAGUUAGGGUUCCAGUUGUGGAGAGGAAAGAGGAGAGGCCGAUUGUUGUUGUUGAUAAUUAUGAUAGCUUCACUUAUAAUUUGUGCCAGUAUAUGGGAGCGCUAGGGGCUAGCUUUGAGGUGUAUAGGAAUGAUGAGAUCACUGUAGAGGAAAUGCGAAGGAAGAAUCCAAGAGGGAUUUUGAUCUCCCCAGGUCCCGGUGCACCAAAAGAUUCAGGAAUAUCCUUACAAACUGUGCUGGAGCUUGGGCCUUAUAUUCCUUUAUUUGGAGUUUGUAUGGGCUUGCAAUGCAUUGGAGAGGCAUUUGGAGGAAAGGUAGUGCGUUCUCCUUCAGGUGUUGUGCAUGGGAAAAGCUCUCCUGUUUAUUAUGAUGAGAAACUCACUGAUACUGUAUUUAAUGGUUUGCCGAAUCCUUUCACUGCUGCUAGAUACCAUAGUCUGGUGGUUGAAAAAGAUAGCUUUCCUGGAGACAUGCUCGAGAUCACAGCAUGGACAGAAGAUGGACUAAUUAUGGGUGCUCGACACAAGAAAUACAAACAUAUCCAGGGAGUUCAGUUUCACCCGGAAAGCGUCAUAACAAGCGAAGGUCUAAUGAUGGUGCACAACUUCAUCAAACAAAUUGAAAGCUUGGAAGCAUCAAAGUCUUGUCAUUGAUUUAUAUAUCUUAAUAUCCCGCAUUUGGAACAAUAAUAGCAGAUAAAAAAGCUCUCGUCUGAAAUCAUUAUUGUUUGUUGAAAACAAGGAAUUAACGGUCUUUCCUGUUCUAUCAAGAAAAUUUAUUGUUCUCCUCUUCUAUUUAUCCCUUCUCAUCAGCAACCUAUGAAUCAUUUACUUUCAGCAUGGUCCCAUGUCAGAACUAUGUAGCCCCUCUCGUAUGGCUGUACGGAUAUCUCAACCAUGUAUAUAAAUAACCGCGGAUGAUUUAUGCAACCAAGAUCCGAUGCAUUUA